AUGAAUAAAAAUGAAUCAACAUCAACGGCUAGUGAGUUGUCUUCUUCCGCUACUACGAAUCAAUCAUCAACAAGUAGUCCUUCUGUUGCUACUGCUAGUAACAGUGGAACAACUGAAAUGAUGAAGGAAAAUAGUGCAUUUUCCCAGCAAAUACCUCGAAUUCUCCAAAAUUUUCUUCUUGUCUGGCUCGAUACUAAUUUUGAUGAAUCUAAAGAAGACUUCCAAAGGUCAAUACAACUUAUACGAAAUAUUGUAGCGUCUAUCACAACGUUCAAAGAUGUUGAACAGUGUGUUGAUUUCAUCAGUGAUAUUGAAGAUGAAAAAGUAUUCUUGAUUGUAACUGAUUCAAUUGGAAGACAUCUAAUAUCGGAUGUAGAAAUUCAUACUUGGACACAACUGAAUUCGAUUUAUGUUCUCGAUGAUAGGUCAUCAACUUAUGAGCAGUAUGCUCACGUAACAUCGAAGGUCAGCGGUGUAUACACACAAAUUGAACCGAUUUGUGAAACACUCAAAGUUCACCUUGGGCAUUGUGAUCGAGCCAUGAUAUCAAUGAGUUUUAAUGGUAUUGAUCCAUUAUUUAUGUAUACUCAAUUAUUUAAAGAAGCACUUUUAGAAAUAGAAGACGACGAUGAUAAAUCAAUUAGAGAACUCAUUGAGUAUUGUCGUCUUCAAGGUAAUAUUCAUAAAGACGACAUCGACAAAUUUGAACGUGAAUACCAUCAACAUAGACCUAUUUGGUGGUAUACAACUCCAUACUUUAUCUAUUCGAUGCUUAAUCGUGCUCUUCGACUAAUGGAUGUCGAUAUUAUACUUAAGAUGAGUUUUUUCAUUCGACAUUUACACAAAGAUAUUGAAGCCUUAUACUGUGAGCAACAAUCGACUAAGACCUAUGUGACUCCCUUUCGAGUCUUCCGCGGGCAAGGUUUAUCGUCGGAUGAUUUCGAAAAAAUGAAAAAAACCAAAGGUGGACUUAUGUCAUUCAACAACUUUCUUUCCACAAGUCUUGAGCGUCAGGUCUCUUUUGUUUUUGCAGAUUCAAUAGCCAUUAGCAAAGAUUCAAAGUCGUUGGGUGUACUUUUCGUGAUGACCAUCGAUCCAAAAAUUUGCGAAACAUCAUCAGUACCGUUCGUCGAUGUUAAAAACGUUGGAUCCUUUGGAGACAACGAGCAAGAAAUUCUUUUUUCAACACAUAGUAUAUUUCGCAUUGAUGGAAUCGAACAUAUUCCCGAUGACAAUACUGAUCGACUGUGGGAGAUCAAUCUCACACUUGUAGGCAAUGAUAAUCAUGAUCUAGUAAAGCUUACAUCACAAUUACGCCGAGAAUUAACUUGGACUAAAGGUUGGUCUCGAUUUGGUGAUAUACUUAUUCGCGCGGGCAAAUCAUCAAAAGCUGAACACCUCUAUAGAACACUUCUUCGGGAAUCAUCCUCUGAGAAAGAACGAGCACAUUACAAUGUUCAACUCGGAAGAGUGUAUUAUUAUACAGGCGAAUAUUCGAAAGCACUUGUAUCGUAUGAACAAGUACUUGAAAUAAGGAAAAUAGAUCUUUCACCUAAUUAUCAUGAAUUGGCUUUCUACUACAACAACAUUGGCCUGGUGUAUUGUUGUACAGGCGAAUAUUCGAAAUCACUUGCAUCGCACGAACGAUCACUUGAAAUAAAAAAACUCGCUGCCAGUCCGAAUGAUUCCGAACUGGCUAUUUCCUAUCACAACAUGGCUGGGGUGUAUUAUAAAAUGGGUGAUUACUCCAAAGCAUUGUUGUAUUACGAAAAAGAUUUAAAGAUCAGUGAAAUAGCUCUCCCUUCAAAUCAUCCUUCUUUAGCUGUUACCUACAAUAACAUCGGCCUAGUGUAUGCGAACAUAGGUGAGUACUCGAAAGCACUUGAAUCGCAUGAACGAUCACUUAAGAUCAAGAAGAUUGUUCUUCCUCCGAAUCAUCCCGACUUGGCUUCUUCUUACAACUGCAUCGGCGAACUGUAUUUUAAAAUGGGCCAGUGCUCUGAAGCCCUUUCGUGGUAUCAACGAUCAUUUGAAAUAAUCAAAAUAGCUCUCCCUCCGAAUCAUCCAGAUUUGGCUUUUUGCUACAACAAUAUUGGCUGUGUAUACAGUGACAUGGGCGAGUACUUGAAAGCACAAUCAGCAUACGAAAGAUCACUUGAGAUCAGGAAAAAAGUUCUCCCAUCGAAUCAUCCCUCGUUGGCUACUUCCUACAACAAUAUCGGGUUACUGCAUAUGAAAAUGGGCGAAUACUCAAAAGCACUUUUAUUGCAUCAGAAAGCACUUGGAAUAUACGAAAUGGCUCUCCCUCAAAAUCAUCCUUCGCUUGCCACUGUAUACAAUAAUAUUGGCGACGUCUAUAAGAAAAUGGGCAAGUAUUCAAAUGCACUUUCAUGGUACGAACGAUCACUUGAAGUAACCAAAAUAGCUCUUUCUCCAAAUCAUCCUGAUUUGGCCGUCUCUUACAACAACAUCGGUUUGUUGUAUAAUAACAUGGGCGAAUACUCUAAAGCACUCUCAUUGCUCGAACAGUCACUUGAAAUAACCAAAAUAGCUCUUCCUUCGAAUAAUCCCGACGUAGCCUGUUGCUACAACAACAUCGGUCUAGUGUAUGAUAACAUGGGCAAUUAUUCGAAAGCACUUCCAUGGUACGAACGAUCACUAGAAAUAAGAAAAAUAGUUCUACCUCCAAAUCACCCAGAAUUGUCUGUUUCUUACAACAACAUCGGUGGGGUGUUUAUGCAGAUGGGGAAGUACUCAAAAGCACUUCCAUGGUUUGAGCAAGCACUUGAAAUGAAGAAAAUAACUCUCCCUCCGAAUCAUCCCUCACUGAGUACUUCCUAUCUUAACAUCAGUGUACUCUAUGAUAACAUGGGCGAGCACUCGAAAGCACUUUUGUACUUCGAGAUGGCUCGGAAUAUCCGGCGACCAUGA